UCAUUCGUCCUCGUUCCUCUCUCUCUCUCCAUCCAGACCCAGGCUUGCAGUUGCAGCACAAGACAGCAGUGUUGAUUUAGCGGGUUCGGUGAAAAUCGGAAUCGAAAACAAUGGAGAAAGAGAAAGGAAUUGAAAACUGGAGCGAAGCGGUGGAAGACCUGGUAGACGCCGGCGACGUUGAAUCCGCGAUCUCACUCCUUGAAUCCGUCGUCGAAACCCUAAACCCUUCCGAUUCGGCUUCGCAGCUUCCCUUGGCCUCUGCUCUCUCCGACUUGGCCAACCUUUACUCCUCCAAAGGCUUCUCUCUCAAAGCCGAUCACCUUCUCUCUCGCGCUUCUGUUCUCAAACAGCUUCACCAUUCCAAUUCCCCUGGUGAACAAGUUCCGAAAGAGUCGAAGGAGGACGGAGCCGUCAAAUCAACCAGUGUUGCUUCGCGUCGUGCUGCUGAAGGAAGUGUUGAAAAGCGUGCGGCGGAGUUUCCUGCUCAGACCUCCGCUGGCGGUGGUUGUUCCGAUGAAGAUUGGGAAGCAAUAGCCGAUCUUGAACCUGAUGAGUUACUGCCCACGGUUUCCUCGGAUUGUUCAUCUGGAAUUUCAAAUCUUAAAUUGGAGAAUGCCAAAAGUGGAACCCCAAAAAGACGCGGAAGAGGAACAUUCUCUUAUGAGAAGAAAGAGCUUUAUAGUGAUCAGUUACUUGAUAGCUCGGUCGUUGAUGUUGAGCAGGAAGAGACUCACCGUAGUUCAGAAGAUAAUAAAGAUGUACAAAACUCAAAAUAUGGGACCAGUCAUGUUCUUGUUCUGGCUGACUUUUCACCAAGUACUAGGACAACAGAGCUAGAGAAGCUUUUUGAGAACUUCAAGGAUCGUGGAUUUGUGAUUCGUUGGGUCAAUGAUACAGUUGCUCUUGCAGUAUUCCGUACACCUCCAGUUGCACUUGAGGCUCUAAACAGUGUUCGCUGUUCAUUCACCACAAGGAUACUGGAUGAAGAUGAUACACUUCUUAGUUCAAUUAAAGCAAGAGACUUGGAACCACCGCGGCAACGGCCGAAAACUUCAGCUCAAGCAGCACAGAGGUUGAUUGCUCAUAGCAUGGGGUUAAAAUUGUCAUCUACUGGCGUUGGGUCCCGAGAAUAUAGAAAGCAAGAAGAUGCUAGGAGGGAACGUAUCGUUACCAGGCAAAAAUUGAGAGAUGAGGCUUGGGGAGACGAUUAAUAUCUUGUAAUACUACUAACUUGUAACCUCAUUUUCCAAAGCCCCAAAAAAAAAGAAGAGAUUGUAUCAUUGAUUGUUUAUAACUUAUUAAAGGGAUUUGGUAUUCUCUCCCUCUUCUUUUUUCUAAGUUCAUCUCCAGCUUUCUAAUAUCUUUUGUUUUAUUAUUAUUAUUAUCAAAAUACUCUCGACAAAAAGACUUUCUGUUAUGUAUUUCCACAGACCUUGUUAUGUAUUUUCAUUUUGUAUCUUAAUAAAUACGAAACAUGAA